AUGUCGGAUACAAAGGCAGUCAUCAAGAGUGCAGACAUGAGCGAAGAGAUGCAGCAGGAGGCCAUCGAAUGCAGCACCCAAGCUCUCGAAAAGUUCAACAUUGAAAAGGACAUUGCUUCGCACAUUAAGCGUGAAUUCGACAAGAAAUAUGGCAACACUUGGCACUGUGUUGUCGGUCGCAAUUUUGGCAGCUACGUGACCCAUGAAUCCAAGCACUUUAUCUACUUUUAUCAUGGCCAGAUCGCUAUUUUGCUGUUCAAGUCGGCUUAG